AUGCGUGAGAACAAGUUGUAUGCCAAUUCGAAGAAGUGUGUCUUCUGUGCUCCCGAGAUUCCAGUACUUGGCUGUUAUGGCAGCAACGAAUGUGUCCGUGCUGAUCCCGAGAAAGUGUCAUCGAUAUACUCAUGGCCUACUCCCAGGAACCAAUCUGAAUUACGACAAUGGCUCGGCCUGGCUAUCUAUUUACAUAAGUAUACGAAGAAUUACGCCAAGUUAAUUCAACUAUUGUCGACUUUGCGGAAGAAAGACCCAGAUUGGUCAUGGAAGGCAGAACAUUAA